AUGACGCUUCCCAGCUGCUUCCAAGCGGAGUUUGUCGACUCGACCAAGCUGAUGAAGCCCAUCCCCUCAUCUCCGACGCCCGUCACAAAGGCGUACGAUGACGUCUUCCGGUUCAUCCAGCAGGGCAAGAUCAAGGAGGCGAAGGCCAUAGUGCGGACGCAGCACUGGCCCAUCGACCACUUGCACAGGGGUUAUCUGUGGCUCAGACUGUGCCAGGGACACGUCAAGAUGGCGAUUCCCGAAGGCUUCUACGAGAGAACGGUCAAGGAGUCGCUGGACGGCCUGUGUCCCAUCAGUAUGCCGGCCUUCACGGACCCCAUCUUCGGCGAAGACUACUUGCUCUCGGACGAAGGGCAGCGACGCGCAGAGCGGGUGCUGUACGUGGCGUCGGUCAACUACCCUUUCAUCACCUACUGCCCCAUCCUGCACCCGCUCGUCUGCCUGCUCCUACACUACCUCACCGAGGAACAGACAUACGAGUGCGCAUGCGCUCUCGUUGAAGGCACCGUCGUGCGUCACUUGAGCCAAACGCGGCUCAUGUACGACACGUCGGCCCAUACGCUCAUGAAGCUGACCAAGAGCCUAGCGAAGAAGACGUACAACAAGCUACUGCGCAAGAUACAGCAGGAGGAGGACCUGGAGAAGAUAUUUCUGACGUGGCAGCUGUGGAUCUUCCGCGGAUUGCCCUUCUACCACCUGGUGCGCACCAUGGACUGUUUUCUAAUCGAGGGAGUGAGGGCACUCUACCGCGCUGCCAUGGCCAUCCUCAUCCUGUUCGUCCAGGACCACUCGAAAGAAUAUCCCAACGAGUCGAUGUUCACCAGACUUUUCAGAAGGAGGAGCAGAAGCAAAGGCGGGAUGGACGUGGCCGGCGCCUUCUUGGACCGGGUCAUAGUGUACCUCAGGGACAUGCCGUACAAUGUGGACUACUUCCUCAGGACGGCCUACGGCAUACAGGGUGUCAGCGCGAAGGUGCUCAACGAUCAGCUGCUCAAGUCCGAGGCGUACGUGAGGUCGCACGCGGGCAAGCGACUGGUCGGCUCGCCGUGUCCCGACACCGGCAUCAUGAACGACCGACUCGAGGUCAGCUCGUCCGUACUGCGCGUCAAGAGGAGCCGCUUCGGCUCGCCCUGCCUCCUGGUGGCCGGCGCGCCGCAGCUCGCCGACUUCCGCUCGGAGAUUCUCAGCCGCGAACAGAUGUUCGUCCUGUGGAACUGGCUGCCGCCACGCAUCACGACGCUGCAGCCCGAGCUGAUCUACUCGACCAACGAGCACGGCAGCAGCCUGACCAACUUCUACGGGCACACGGACACCUGGGAGCCCACGGUGCUGGUGGUGCUGACGACGCGGGGCGAGUGCUUCGGCGCCUACUGCUCCACCCGCUGGAUGGAGCGCAAGCAGGCCUACUUCGGCACCGGCGAGACCUUCCUCUUCACCUUCACGCCGGAGGCAAGGCGUUUCGCCUGGAUCGGCGUCGGGGCGGUGCGCGACGUGCCGCACUCCGCCAAGCUGUUCAUGUCCGCCAACCAGAACAUGGUCCUCAUCGGCGGCGGGAACGGCAUGGGUCUGUACAUCGACCAGUCGCUGGAGAACGGUCGCACUGAGCACUGCGACACGUUCGACAACCCGCCGCUAGCUGCCAGCAACGACUUCGCCGUCAACAUCCUGGAGGUCAUCGGCUUCGUCUGA